AUGCAGAUCCAACAGAUACAGAACCAUUUGAAUGGAAGACAGUGGUUCCAAGGAAGCAUACGUAACGUCAUCUUAGAAAUCAAGAGAAUACGGCAUCGAUCAAGCACAUGGAUGCAAGAAAGCAAGAAGGGGGAAAAAGUCAAAGAAGUAAUUGUGGACUGCAAAUCAGAUGCAUUGCAGCACGCCAACCCGCGAGGAGGAGGAGAAGCACUGCCUAAUGGUGCUAUGGACGAAGGUAGUGGGGUGAAAGGCAGUGGUGUGGUCCUUGAUCUCCAUGCAAUGCAUAACAUAGGAACGGAGUGGAAGAUAGAAAGGAUGGCAGCAAUGAGGAGGCUACUCUCUCUCUCUCUCGUCGCCAUGGCCUCCUCCCCUUUCUUGGCGGCCAAAUCCUUGUUCCACUCUCUCAAGAGGUUCUUCAAGAAGCCGUGGGAGAUCACCGGUCCCUGCUCCGAUCCAGAAUAUCGGAGCGCCCUCCCCAGCGCCCUCGAGUACCGCCGCUUCUGCCCCGCCACUCCCCCGGCCCAGCCCUCCAUCCCCACCGCCGACCCCGCCCACGUCUUCCACAUCCAAUACUACUCCCGCGACCCCCGCCGCAACCGUCCCCAGCCCCGCCGCACCGUCCUCCGGAAGCCCGACGUCGAGAAGAUGAUGGCCGAGAAGACCUUCGGCCCCGCCGACUUCCCCAGGGUCUACCUCACCGACCGGGUGGUCGAAGACGACAACGCCAGGGGCGGCGGGUACUAGAAAUGAGGCCAAGGCCGGAUUUUUUUGCCGUUUAGCUCAUAAAGUUUGAAUCUUUUUAGCCGAUAAUAUAUAUGAAACUGGUUAUUACUGCAAAGAAUGCUGUUGUAGAAGGCUUCUGAUGUGAAUUUUUUAUGUAUUUGUUCUGCUUGUAGAAUAUGGUUGGUUUCUGUUAUUGUUCUCGUAGAUAUUGGAGCGAGAUCUAUCUCUGUAUCCGAUGGUCAAAUCCUUAUUAAAAACAGAGCAAAUG